CAAAUUGAGCGACGAUGUCAGGUUGGAGCAAGGAUAGUAGAAUGCCAAUGCGGAUGAUUCUAGCCUGUCUUGCACCAUAAAUGAUAAUAGUGGCAGUAAUCCAUAAUGGCUGAGGGACUUGGAAUGAUGACAAAAUGCUAAGUAUAUCUGAUUCCAUUCUGUUGCACUGCACUGAUUGCUAUCCAUUAGGAUAGUGAUGCCAAAUGCCCGCUUAAUUUGAUUCCAUGACAACUUUUUCUCCACAAGAGUUUCACAGUUUUAUUUGACAUUCAUUGCAUGACAAUCUCAUUCUCUGAAGUACUUCAACCAUUGAUUUGAUUAUGUGAGAAGCUUGUUUCUUCAGCAGUUUUGGCUUUGAUUGGAUGACAUUAAUCUGAUGGAAAUUGUUAUCUUGAUGGUCUCGGUUCUCAUGUCAAAGUGAAUUGUUUCAUGAAAGAGUUUGCAUAAAUGCAUCUUUUCCAUGUGUUUGAUUAAGUUUGUUGGUUGGUCUGUAUACUUACCAAUGUAUAUCUUUUGCUGCAACAGAGAGGAUGUUGCUGUCGCAGAAGCCCCUGCACCCGCUCUUGGAGAACCCAUGGACAUCAUGACUGCUCUGCAGUUGGUGUUGAAGAAAUCAAAGGCUCACGGAGGGCUUGUUCGUGGUCUCCACGAAGCUGCCAAAGUCAUUGAGAAGCAUGCUGCACAGCUUUGUGUCUUAGCAGAAGAUUGUGACCAGCCGGAUUAUGUGAAACUAGUGAAAGCUCUUUGUGCAGAUCACAAUGUCAAUUUGAUUACCGUUCCAAGCGCCAAGACUCUUGGUGAAUGGUCUGGUUUGUGCAAGAUAGAUUCUGAAGGCAACGCAAGGAAGGUGGUCGGCUGCUCUUGUGUUGUUGUGAAGGAUUAUGGGGAAGAGACUGAAGGUCUUAACAUUGUCCAGGAGUAUGUGAAGUCCCACUGA